GGCUGGGCGUGUCUCCCGGCAUGGCAUCGGUUGGCCUUGCGUAUUGAUUGCUCAUCCGACCGUACCGAACCUGGCUCCAAUGGUCAGUGUGUGAGACGGGUCCUCAAUGGAACUCCGAGGAUGCGAGGUCUCUGGGCCACGCUAGAGGGAAAACUUCAUGGCUGCCCAUCCUCACACACACAUAUGCCCAUAACAGCGAUCCCAGAAAGGCAGUGAGUAGAUCAGGCGAUGCACGUGUUUCUUGAUAUAGUGCGUGGAACUGCCUGAACACGGCACUGGAAACUCCCAGCACCAUCAACCAUCAUCAGCGUCCCCUAAGGUCCUGUCUGAUAGGUAUAUCGUGACGAUGGCCCUGGCGACCACAAGGCCAACGCUUUUUCCACCUCAGCAACCUUCUAUUGUCCAUGGCACGACUGAGACGCCGCUACUGGAUUUUACGCUCGGAGAGCUGCUAGACUUCCAAUGUCGACGAUACUCGAGAAGGGAGUGUCUGAUAGUGCCAUGGACAGGCGCGAGAUGGACCUACGAUCACCUGCGACAAGAAAGCAUUCGCGUGGCUAAGGCGUUAGUCGCACGUGGCAUACGUCCUGGUGACAGGAUCGGUAUCAUGGCCGGAAACUGUGAGCAAUACGUAGCAGUUUUCUUUGCGGCCAUGCGAAUAGGCUGCAUUCUGGUGAUCCUCAAUAACACCUACACCUCUUCUGAAGCCCAGUAUGCAUUGAAGUUCACUGAGUGUAAGAUACUAUUCACGACUCCACGAAUUGGGCAUCAUAACAACAAGCCACUUCUGGACUUACUCCUUCAUACCCCGGGCACAGUCGAAGAGGUUGUCAUCCUUCGAGGGCAAGCAAGUCGGUUCACCCCAUAUGGCAGCCUCGUAGAAGAUGGCUUUUGCCAGCCAGAUGAGCCAUUAUCCGAGUGCAUGAGUCGAUUCGAUUGCCACGAUGUUUGCAAUCUUCAAUUUACGAGCGGAACGACGGGGAACCCCAAAGCCGCCAUGCUCAGUCACCACUCCUUGGUCAACAACAGUAGAUUUAUAGGUGAUCGAAUGGCGUUCACCGAAGAAGACGUGUUGUGCUGUCCACCUCCAUUGUUUCACUGUUUCGGUCUCGUUCUCGGGUUGUUGGCUAUCAUUACUCAUGGUGGCAAAGUGGUAUAUCCCACAGAGACUUUUGAUGCUGGUGCUUGCCUGAGAGCAAUCUCCGAAGAACAAUGUACGGCCCUUCAUGGAGUUCCAGCAAUGUUCGAUUCAAUAUUCAGUCUCCCUCGACCCGAUGAUUUUGACUGCUAUCGCCUUCGGACCGGCAUCAUUGCUGGAGCUCCAGUCCCUCGACAUCUGAUGGAACUCUUGGUUAAUGAUCUCGGGAUGACCGAAUUUACGAGCAGUUAUGGUUUGACUGAGGCAGCUCCCACUUGUUUCAAUGCGAUGCAUGAUGACCCAAUCGAUCUUAAACUCUCCACCGUCGGUCAAGUCAUGCCACACGCCCAUGCCAAAAUCGUGGACAGACAUGGAAAUAUCUUGCCGAUUGGCGAGCGAGGGGAGUUAUGCAUUGCUGGAUAUCAGCUGCAGCGUGGAUACUGGAAGAAUCCUGAGAAAACUGCCGAAGUGAUGGUCCGCGAUGAAGAUGGUGUCCUGUGGUUACACACAGGUGACGAAGCCGUCUUCCAUGAGGACAAGACUUGUACCAUCACGGGUAGGUUUAAAGAUAUCAUUAUUAGAGGAGGCGAAAACAUCUACCCACUAGAAGUUGAAGAGCGACUGGUGCAACAUGCCGCCAUUGAGAGAGCAAUUGUUGUCGGAGUGAAACACCAUCGGUUGGGAGAAGUGGUGGCUGCAUUUCUGCAGGUUGCUCCUGGGAAGUCUGGGCCUCCAGAACCUCUCCUCAGUGAUGACGAAGUGCGUGGAUGGGUGAGGGUAACAUUGGGUAGGCACAAGGCACCAGAACAUGUAUUCUGGCUUGGAAGGGACGGUGUCCCAAACACGUUACCUCUGACGGGCAGUGGAAAGGUGAGAAAGUUUGAGCUUGCCAAAUUGGCCGAGCAAAUCCUCGCGAAAUCCAGAGCGAGGCUAUAGACGUGUAUGGAGUAGCCUCAUGUGUAUGAUUCUUAGUGUAGAAGCUGAUGCUGUACUUGUGGACAAUCGCCAAUGGAACAUUUCUUAUGUG